GCUCUGCCGGCAGCUGCCACGGGUGCAGGAGCUCCGGGCUGCGUGAGCCACCAACGGGAACCUUCCAGAGGUCCAAGGCACCAUGGAGAGUGGACAGAGGGUGUCGCGGAGAGGCCGCAAGCUGGGCUCCAGUCGCCGGCGGCAGAUGAGAGAGCCGGCCGAUGGCCAGGACGCCCCGGUGGCCCCAGAGCCCCUGUCCUGGUCCGCUCAGACACAAGAAGAGCUGCAGGAUUUCUUCCAGGACUGUGGGGCCAGGGAGAGGGGCUUUGUCACCCGCCAGGACCUUGAGGCAGCCAAGUUCAGCUUCCUGGGCAGCGAGGACGAGCUGGAGAUGAUCUUCGACUGGGUGGACGUGGAGCGGAAGGGACGCCUCUCCCUUGAGGAAUUCAGCUCUGGACUCAAAAACAUCUUUGGCUCCAGCCUGUGCACCCACAGGCUCAGGAGGCGGCGGCCACGGCCCACUAAGAGGUUACCCACAGCCACCAGCUUCCUGGAGCUGGAGGAGGCCGACGCCGAGGAGAGAGAGGCCUUCCUCACCUUCACGGAGCAGCUGGGGACUGGCCCCUUCCUUCCCGAGCAGGCAGAGAUCUGGCAACUGUGGAAGAAGCUGCGGCAGGAGGAGCCCCAGCUGGCAGGCAACCUGGAGGGCUUCCUGGCCAGGAUGAGCAGCCGCCUGCAGGAGGUGCAGGCCAGCAAGGAGGCGCUGGAGCUGACCCUGAGGAAGCGUGACUCUGACCACCACCGCGAGGUGCAGCGGCUUUAUGAGGAGAUGGAGCAGCAGAUCGUCCGAGAGAGGCAGCAGCUGCAGGCUGAGAGCGACUCCCGGGGCCUGGCCCUCAGCUCCCAGGUGCACGACGUCCUGGCGGCCAAGGAGCUCAAGGCGCAGCAGCUGGCCGCUGGCCACAGGGAGCUGGAGGCCCAUCUCCAGCGCCUCAGCAGCACCCAGCAGGAGGCCAGCGCCGAGAACCUGCAGCUUCGGGAGGCCCAGCGGGACCUGGCCGGGCAGCUGGAGGAGGUGCGGGGGCAGCUGCGGGCGACCAGGGGGCGCCUCGCCUCCGCCAGGGCCCGAGUGUCCUGGCAGACAGAAGAAGAACCAAGUGUCCCCAGCACGAGGGAAAAGGUCCCGGACCCCCCAGCCACCGCCCCCGAGGAGGCCCCCCUGCCUGAGCUGUUUGGGGACAAUGAUGACUGGGACCAGCUCCUGAGCGGCUUCCGCAGCCCUCCACGCGGGGCUCUGCAGCUCACCUGGAGCCCGCCCCCCACCCCAAGAGCCGCCUCAGGCCCCCAGACGCCCCGUGUGGUCAGGCAGAUCUCUAUCUCAGAGCCACAAGCCCUGCCAUCGGCGCAGGAGCCAGCUGCACAUUCAGAUGGGGCUCCAAGCCUCCUCCCUGGGGUGAUCGCCUUGGCCAAGGGCAGGGAAGGGGUAGAGCGCAGUGGGCGGGACAUUGGUCCAGAGCCACCAGUCCAGGCUCAGAGCCUGGAGCCCACCCUCAAGCCAGGGCCCCCAGCAGAGGCCCAUUUCCUCUAUGACCCCCCAGGAGCCCCAGGUGAGGAGUCACAGAGCCUGGGGGCAGCGGCACUGCGCAUGCUCAUGCCCCUGGAGGGUGAGCCCCCUCCCCAAGAGAGCGCUCCCCCUCCCCAGGCCCUGGCUGGGCCCAACAAACAGUCCCAGGUCCCAGGCCCCAGACCCCAGGGCCCCGGGCUCAGAUCUGCUGCUGCCGAACUGCCCAGGCUGGGGGCGGCCCGCUCUCGGGACCUGCCCGACACAGGCUCCGAGUCCAGCGCAGGGUCCCUGGGGGCCCUGGCCCUGCCGCUGGGGUCAGCCGAGCCCUCCCAGGGUCUGGAGCCUGUGAGUCUGGCUCCUGCAGAAGGCUUGGAGCAGGGCCAGCUAAACCCAGCCGGACAGGAGGGGCCUCCUGGGGGACCACAAGACGCUCGUGGCCAGGGCCCCGGGCCCAAUGGAUGGCCGGCCCUCCCCCACCAGGGUCUGGAAGAGGAACCCAGAGAGGAGGAGGAGGAGAUAAAAGAAGUGGGGGGUGGCAGCCGGUCCCCCGGCUCAGUGCAGGCACUGGAGGCUCCUGGCCUGCCGCCAGGGCCUGGGGAGCAGACCCAGGAAAGAGCCCUGCCUGCCCCUCUCCCGUUGCAUGCAGCACCGGCUCGAGCAGGAACAGAAGCCCCUGGUCCCGGCAAACCGCCCCCUGCCAGUGGUCCCCCUCCCACGGCUCUGCCCGGGGCCACAGGAGGGCCUCAGGGGCCCACACAGACCUUCCCCUCCGUGCCUGAGCCAGGAGCCCAACCCAGGCCCCCAGCCACAAAUGCGCACCAAGAAGGACGGCCAGGCUUCCCUGGAUCCCAGGAGGCCAGGGCAGAGGGCCGGCCUGGAGACCCAGGAAUGGACUCCGGGGAGGCUGGGCGGCCCCUGACCCGGGGGGACCACAGGCCUGGCGAGCCCCCGGUCUGCCCUGACUAUGUCUUCCACGUCAUCUUCCUGGGAGACUCCGGCGUGGGCAAAACAUCCUUCCUGCACCUGCUGCACCACAACAGCUUUGCCAGUGGCCCGACUGCCACUGUGGGAGUGGAUUUUCGGGUCAAAACCCUGCUGGUGGACAACAAGUGGUUUGCACUGCAGCUCUGGGACACGGCUGGCCAGGAGAGGUACCACAGCCUGACGCGGCAGCUGCUGCGCAAGGCCGAUGGAGUCGUCCUCAUGUACGACGUCACCUGCCAGAGCAGCUUUGCCCGCGUGCGCUACUGGCUGCACUGUCUCCAGGACGCCGGGGCGGACGAGGUGGCUAUCCUCCUCCUGGGAAACAAGACGGACUGCGAGGAGGUGCGGCAGGUGCCUACUGAAGCUGGGCGGCACCUGGCCCAGGAGCUGGGGGUCUCCUUUGGGGAGUGCAGUGCUGCCCUGGGUCACAACAUCUUGGAGCCCAUGGUGAGCCUGGCCAGGUCCCUGAGGGUGCAGGAAGACCGCCUGAAACGCUCGCUGGUGGACAUGGUCCCCAAGAGGCCACCCAAGAGAGCCGGCUGCUGCUCCUGACCCCAGAUGGGCGCCACCCCUCCGGGUUUCCUGCUGCUUAGCCUCGGUUGCCUUCCUGGAUGGACACGGCCCUGGCCGAGAGGACCCGGAAGAUCACCCUGGAGUUGGGACUCGGCAGUGGAAACGGGGCUCGGGGGUGGGGCAGCGUGCAGAGGAAGAGUCUAGAAAGGCGACAGAGGAAGGUCUCUGGGAGGGCGUGCAGUUGCAGGGCGGAUGCGCAGGUUCCUGUCUCCAGAGUGUCCAUAGCGGCGAGGUGUUCCUUGUACAUUCAGAAAAAUGACGCGGAGGAGCAGGGCGGGCACCUUGCGAGGCGCUGGCCGCCCGUGCUGCCCGCUCUGCGGAUUAAAGAUGCCCCAUGCUCCGGCUUAACUCUCUCAGUCUUGGGGAAGGAUGACAUUCAGGUGGCCCCGCAAUCCCUGAUGUCCUCCUGCCUUCCCGGGCCUCAGGACCCGCCUCCAAGGGCUCAUGCCCCGCCCCAUGCCAUGGUGUCCCCUCCCCCAUCACGGCCCUCUGCCCUGGGGAGCAAGCAGGGACCGGCAUUCAGACUCCCCCCGACCCCCGCUCCUCUUGCAGCUUUGGCAGGUGUUCCCGGGUUUGCACAGGGGUCCCCUCCUGAAAAGUGAUGGCGACCGGGGUCCCUCAAGCCAUGAGCGUGGAGAGUGGCCUCUCAGUGUCACAUUUGUGGCAAAUGUCCCUCACACCCCACCGUGAGUGUAGUGUCCAACAGGUGUGGGGGCCGAGUCUGGUACUUCCCAGUUAUGUGGGUCCUGGGCUGUUCCCUGGGGGAGAUGGGCAGAGCUGGGGGCGGGGCAGCGCGAUCAGGAGAGGAGAGACCUGUGCCAUCCACUGAGGUCUCUCAGUUCCUGGCCUCCAUCCCGCUUGCCCACUCUCAAUGGAGCGCUGCGUCGCUAGGGGCAUGCCAGCAGCAGCCAGGUGACCCUCGGCAGGAGGCGGGCUGGAGCAGACCCCGCCUCCCUCCAGGCUGUACCCAGGCUGGCUCCGGCCAUCCGGCCCAUUCUCCUACGGCGCCCCCUACUGACAUCUGACCCCCUCCACCUUUCCCCCUGCCCCGCCUGGCUCUGAGCGAUUUCCAGGCCAGCGCCCUCUGUGUGCCCAGCAGUGGGGGGAGGAGUGUGGGCUGGAGGGAGCGAUGCUGGCCCACAGGGAGGGUGGGGCAGGUCUUGCUGUUGCUAAGGGCUGUCCCUGGUGGGCACUGUACCUCUGUCCCCCAGGGCAUUAAUGAGGCAGGUGGACAAGGUGUGAUUCCCACGGGAGCUGGGAGAGCAGGCAGAGCCCCGGUCCUCUUCUCUGGGGGACCAGGUGCAGGCGUGGCCACCAGGCCUGCCCCUCCCAUGUCAGCUGUGCUCUGGCCCCAGACAGCUGCCUCAGCUUCUCCAGAGGUGAGGCUGGGAGAGACUGGACCCCGGCCCAGAGCGCCCUGUCUCGGCUGUCCUUGACCGCUAAAGCCUUGCAAGUCCCCAGCACAAGCUGGAUAAGGAGAACAGCAGGUGGGACUCGAGGUGGACCUCAGGGUGAACUUCCAGGCAUGCAGUGAGCGCUCAGGGUCUCUGGCCACAGCAUGGCUUGGGGUUGAUGAAGGCGGGCGGAACUGGGCUGAUGGGGCUCAGGGCAUAGAGUUACAGAAAGGGGGAAGGGGAUGGAAAGGCUGGGCAGGAGGCUCCAGGGAGGGAGCUUUCUGGACCUGAGUGGGCAGGGACAGAGUGGCAGCUGUCAUUUACCCAAGCCUGCCAGGUGCCACCAGGCAAUGCUCUGAGCAGGUAACUCGUAUGAGCUCGUCUAACCCUCACAUCAGCACCAUGCUGUGGGACCUGUCACUGUCCCCUCUUAUAGACGAGGGACAGAUGCAUGGAGAG